GCAGGAUGAGCACAUUUGUGACCCUGGCGGAGGUGCUGGAGUCACGGGGAGCUCCUCUGGAGGAGGGUGAGGUGUGGGCCCUCCUGCUGGGUGCAGCAGAAGCCUUGGUGGGAAUCUCCAGUAAAGGUCCUGCUAACCUGUGCAGUAUAAUCAGUCCAGGCUCCAUGCUGCUCUCACCCAGCGGCACCGUGGCCUUCAAAACCUGCCGCCGCUCCGAGGACGUGGCUUCCUUCACUUCUCCGGAGACGACGCAGGCUCGGCCUUCCUCCAGCAGACAGGACGUGGAGAAGAUGGUGGUGUUCUCUCUGGGAAUGACCCUCUACUGGACUGUAGAUUAUCAGCUUCCUCAAAAUCAGCCCAUCCAGCUCAGCAACCACCUGAACAGCCUUCUACUGAGCAUGUGCGAAGACGUGGCUCACAGACGCCCUGAGCUGCUGGCCUUGCUGGAGGCGAGUGUCCAGCAUCACAAGAACAAUCUCCUCCCUCCGCCGGACAGAGUCGUCAGACAGCUGGUCCAGGAUGUCCUACAAGACCCUGCAGAGAACGCUUUGGGUAAUGCUGCUCUUCUAACAGAUCGAAGUCAGCUGAUUAGAGACAGGCUUCGAGGUGAGACUUUACUAUUAUUUCAGCACUGAUCUGAUUGGAGUCCAAAAGGAAACGGCUCACCAUCCCACACUUUUCAGACUGACUCUAACAAAAGCUCCGUUCCCAGAGGAAGCAGCAGCACGUGGCUGAGCCGCAGUCCGUACCUCGACAGAUGCCAGCAGCUUAACUCCAAACCUCACCAGUCAUUCGGCUCCUCGCUCAGUCUCAGCGAGAGGAGACUGAAGGAUUUGGGCCCAGAGUUCGUCAGAAUGCUGGAUGAACCUCUCAUUAUCUUGGAGCUGCCCAGUUCCAUUGUGUCAAAGAAAGGGAAGUCCUGUUCCACUCAGAGGGAUCUGAGAGUAAUUAUGCCAAAUGGACAGAUCAUCCUGGUCAAGUGUGAUGUGAAGUCCAGAGGAGGGGACGUGUUCGAUAUGAUUAUAGCCCAUUGCAAAAUGGUGGAGCAUUUCUACUUCGGCCUUGCGUACAGUGAAGAUGGUGAAUUCUUCUUUCUUGACCAUGAAACCAAAAUAUCCAAAGUGGCUCCGGAGAGCUGGAAAAAAGUGCCUACCUCUACAUUCAUCCUCUACUUCCGGAUCAAAUUCUUCGUCAGUGAUACCACGCUCCUUCUACACAAGCUGACCCGACACCAGUACUACCUGCAGCUGAGGAGGGACAUCCUGGAGGAACGUCUGCCCUGUAACGAGGAGACCGGCCUGGUGCUCGCUGGGUUGGCCCUGCAGGCUGAGUUUGGGGACAGUAUGCCUGAGGUUUAUGGGAAGAACUACUACCGCCCUGAGCACUACGUCUCCAAGAGCACACUGGAGAAAAUGGCCUUGCCUUGCCUGAAAGAGGAGUUGCUGCGGCUGCACGCCAACUCUGUGAACAUGGUCGCUGAGGAGUCUGAGCUGGAGUUCCUCAAGGCCAUCCAGCAGCUUCCGGAGUACGGCGUUCUGUUUCACCGUGUGGCCCGCGAGAAGAAGACCCUCACCGGAGAGCUGCUCCUGGGGGUGUGUGCCAAAGGAGUCAUUGUGUAUGAAGUCAAAAAUAACUCCCGCUCCGCCAGCCUUAGGUUCCACUGGAGAGAGACCGUCAAUAUCUUUGCAGCGAGACGUAGAUUCGUCAUAGAGAGCAGCGUCAGUAAGAAGAAGCACACUUUCCUCAUGGAGAAGUCCAAAAUCGCCAGGUACCUCUGCAAGCUGUGCAUGGCUCAACACAAGUUCCAUAAGGAGAUGAGCUCUCGCCAGCUCAGCCACAGUCUGGCCUCAGAGGAGAGUAUUGUGCAGUACGCAGCGGUGUGCCGGGCUCAGAACAAUAUCUCCUGCUCUGAGGGGGCUCUGAACAAUAGCGGGCUCAAUACCACCCACCAGGAGUCCAUGAGCAAGCUGUGUGAUGACAUCGCCAGCCGCAUCGAGAACAGAAUCAAGCAGCACAGAGAUUUACUGGAGCGGUCCAGUGCCACAAGUCCAGUUUUCCAGAGAUCUGCUGCUGGGUCUCAGAAGCGAAACUCAGACGUUCCUUCCUUGUCUUCUGCCUUAAGAGACGCUCCAUCGAGUCCCAGAGCGCCCGAGAGGGAAAUAGUCUGUGUGACUUUGAAGAAGGAUCCCAAACUAGGCCUCGGUAUUGUAAUCGUUGGAGAAGACAGUACCAACAGGCUGGAUCUCGGAAUCUUUAUCGCAUCUGUUGUGCCGGGAGGACCAGCGGACCGAGACGGACGCAUCAGACCAGGUGGCCGGUUGAUCUCUCUGAAUCAGACCAGUCUGGAGGGCAUGACCUUCAGCGAAGCAGCAGAAAUCCUGCAGAACAGCCCCAACCAGGUGGAGCUCAUCAUCUCGCAGACGAAAGCGUUUGCGUCUGCAGUGAAGAAGCCUGUGAGCAGCCUGACAGAGAGGAGCUACGAGUCUCAGACCACGCUGCGCGCCGACAGUCGGGCGGAGGACGGCCUGGACGAGCUGGUGUCAGUGAUGAUGACGCCGAAGGCCGGCAGCAGGCUCCACGUACCUGACGUGCGCAUCCUCAAUGCACAGGAUGAUUACUCCAGGUCGGCGUCUCUGAUCAGCCUGAGACCGGAGGAGUUCAGCGUCCAGCUAAAAAAGAUUUCUGGCAGUCUGGGCAUCAGCAUAGCAGGAGGGCUGAACUCAGGUCUGAGAUCUGGAGGAGUUUACGUGAAGAGCCUGGCUCGUGGAGGAGCAGCAGACCGAGACGGCCGUAUCCAGUCUGGUGACCGGCUUCUGGAGGUGGAUGGAACCAGACUGGCGGGUUACUCAGAUCAGCAGGCCGCUGAGUGCCUCGCCAAGACCGGAGAGGUGGUGACUUUAGUGCUGGAGAGGGACGGCACCACUCGAGGCUCUCCAAGUCCUGAACCCCGCGAUACGCUCACUGUCCAGACAGCGGCCGCCUUAGCGACACAGUUCAGGAACAACAGCUGCCCUGCCAUCACCAUGACGACGCCCUUCGCUGUCCGGCCCAAUGACUACAGCUUUGUGUCUGAAGAGAACACCAUGGAGGUGACCCUGCGGAAGAGGCUAAAUGGCCUCGGUUUCAGUUUCCUGAUCGCCGAGUUGGACACGUCCCUGGACUGUGGCACUGUGGUGCGGGUGAAGACACUGUUUCCAGGCCAGGCAGCAGAGGAGAGUGGCCUGAUCCAGGAGGGAGACGUGAUCCUGGCCGUUAAUGGAGAGUCACUAAAGGGGCUCUCGUAUCAGCGUGUGUUGAAUCUACUGAAGGGUUCCACCCCAGAGGUGAAGCUGGUGAUCUGUCGUCCUGCUGCAGGAACACUGCCCCCCAUUUCAGAGAAAAUAGGCCAACUGACCUGCAGCUGA